GAAUACAGUGCUUCUGAAAAGGUAACAAGCAAUGGUUACCAUCCAGCUAGUGUUCUUUGGGUUAAGCAACCAAAUGGUGGUUGCUUUUAAAGAAGAAAACACAGUGGCUUUUAAACAUCUCUUCCUGAAAGGCUAUAUGGACAGAAUGGAUGACACCUAUGCAGUAUACACACAAGUGGAUGUCUAUGAUCAGAUCUUCUUUGCAAUAAAUCAGUAUUUACAGCUUCGCACUAUAUCUGUUGGAAAUCAUGCAUAUGAGAAGAAAGGAGGGGAAGAGACAGCCAUGGCAAUAUGCCAGUACUUCUACAAACGAGGCACCAUUUGCCCUGGAAAUGAUACUUUUGAUAUUGACCCAGAAAUAGAAACUGAAUGUUUUUAUGUGGAGCCAAUGCAGCUACUGGAAAAUGGGACAGUGAGGAGGAAUGCUUUCAACUUUACUCUUGACUUCCAUAGACUUGUGACUGUGCAGCUCACGUUCAAAUUGAAGGCCAUCAAUCUUCAGACGGUUCGUCACCACGAACUUCCAGAUUGCUAUGAUUUUACCCUGACAAUAGUGUUUGAUAACAAAGCACAUAGUGGAGGAAUUAAAAUAAGCCUGGACAAUGAUAUUGCAAUCAAGGAAUGUAAAGAAUGGCAUGUUUCUGGAUCAAUACAGAAGAAUACUCACUACAUGAUGAUCUUUGAUGCUUUUGUCAUAUUAACAUGUUCAGCAUCACUGAUUCUUUGUACACGGUCUGUGAUUAAAGGAAUUCAUCUGCAGAGGGAAUUCGUAUCUUUUUCCUUGAAUCAUUAUAAGAAAGAAGUAUCUUUCAGUGAUCAGAUGGAAUUUGUCAAUGGAUGGUAUAUCAUGAUCAUUGUUAGUGAUGUCCUAACUAUAAUUGGUUCUACGCUGAAGAUGGAAAUACAGGCAAAAAGUCUAACAAGCUAUGAUGUCUGCAGUAUCCUAUUGGGCACCUCUACCAUGCUUGUGUGGCUUGGAGUGAUUCGCUACCUAGGUUUCUUUCAGAAGUAUAAUCUGCUUAUUUUGACCCUACGUGCAGCAUUACCCAAUGUCAUUCGAUUCUGCUGUUGUGCUGCUAUGAUUUAUCUGGGCUACUGUUUUUGUGGCUGGAUUGUGCUUGGUCCAUAUCAUGUUAAGUUCCGUUCCUUGAACAUGGUUUCUGAAUGUCUCUUCUCUUUAAUAAAUGGAGACGACAUGUUUGCUACAUUUGAAAAAAUGCAACAGAAAAGCUAUUUGGUUUGGUUAUUCAGCCGGAUCUACCUCUACUCUUUCAUCAGUUUAUUUAUCUACAUGGUGCUGAGUCUUUUCAUUGCUCUUAUUACUGAUACAUAUGAAACCGUUAAGCAUUACCAGCAAGAAGGCUUUCCAGAAACAGAACUCCAUGCAUUUAUAGCACAGUGCAAAGAUCUACCAAACUCUGGAAGGUACCGAUUAGAAGAAGAGAGUCCUGUAACAAUUUUCUGUUGUUGUAAAAGGUCUUAAAGAUAUUGACAAGAAUAUUUGGGAGCUCCUGGAUUAUUCAUCGCAAAUUUCUGUACAUAAGGCACAAAACUCCACUAUUUAAUGUUCUUGUAACAUUUAAAUAGUAAACUUUUAGUCUCUGUGUAUAACCCUUGUUGAUAACUCUGAGUUCCAGUUUCCUUAUUACAUUUGCUAGAAUUAAAGAGGAAUACAAUGGAAAACUGCCUGUGUUAUUGCAUGCUAGUCUUAUGAUCUUAGCGUAACAGGCAUAAUGUUUGGAUGACUGUGCACUAAAUGUUUUACAUACAUUGCUUUUCCAGAGAUGCUUUCUUCCUUUCAGUUCUCUGUGCAUAUAUCUAUACCAGCUGUAAAGGCUAGUAUAGCUGGAUGUUCAAAUUAUCCCACUAUCAUUCAGCUAACAAAGCUGGUGAUGCUGAAUAGUGCUUUGACCAGAAUCAACACACAUUGGAUCAGGUAUUCUGUUUUUAACAUCCACCAUUGCAGUCCAGUCAACAAGAAGAAAAUGGAGUGAGAGAGAUUCACAGUAAAUAGAAUGUCUCUUUUUUCUUUCAAAUACAGUAUAAGACACAGCUAUUUGUAUUUCUGUCCAUAUUAGACAGGUUCAGACUGUUCGCAAUAAUUAGAGGAAGGAACAGCACAUAGAACUAAUCAAACACAUUCCUAACAUUUUUGUGCAAUUUGUGUUUUAAAGCUGCUGAAUAGUGGCCCAAAACCUUGAUGUCAGAGCAGAUUUUUAUGGAUGCCUUAUUUGCUAUCCUCUUAUCUACUUGGAAAGCAGAUGUGAAAAAAGGAAAUCUGUUUUUAGAUUUUUUUAAAACUUCAAAUGUAAAAGCUGUAAUCAUGGCAGGGUACUGAAUGAACAGCAAGGUAUUUUUAUGUACUGUGUACAAGCUUUGAAAACACUAUGUACUGUUCACUUUUUGUAGGAAGAUGCUGUAGUGGAUAUUGUAUUAAACUUUGAAGUUAAUUAA